GAACGUUGAACUCCAUCCUUCAUGCACAAUUUCCCAGAAUAUAACCAGUGCUCAUGUUACUUCCUUUGAGCUUCGGCUUUGCGUUUCUCUCUCAUUCCAGGACUUCGAACGACAAAGACCCGGAGAAAGACGGAGAACGGAUUGUAGUGGAAGAUGAAGAACUCGACGAGAACGGUGAGGACGAAACACUAGAGGCAGAGGAUCUUGACGAGGGAGAACAGCGCCCGCCACCCAGUAGAGUGUCGACCACAACGACGCUUUCUACGCUACCCAGUCGCCCAUUGUGGUAUCUCAAGCUCAGGACGUUCUUGUUUCCUCCAACAUCCGACACAGAAAUCGAUUCGUUCGUUCCGUACUACCGCUAUACACCCAUACUAUCUGGCCUUCUCAUUCCAUUCUCUAUCCUUCUCGAGAUACCGGGUCUAACGGAACAUUGGUACAUUCGAACGGAGGGUAAUCUCACAUUGGAGACCAAACCGAACACUGUCAUUCUCAACGUGGGAUUGGGGUUCAGUAUGGCAUGCGCUCUCAUCGCCAAUAUCGCACUGGUCACUCGGUUUUUGGAGAAGUCUGUACAGCAGAUGACGAUAUUAUGUGUGGUGGCGCUAACCAUUCACGAUAUCAUCAACAUAACUGCAGUCACAGUGUUUGGAGUGGAACACCGAUUCAACGACGGCUUCACGUACGGAACUUCGUUCUGGAUGACAGUGUGUUCGACCAUUGCUUCGACCCUCACGAACGCUAGUCUCAUUGUCGACGUCAUACGAACCCCAGAUUUUUCGACUAGCGGUAGUGGAUUGACAAGAAAACAGCGUUCGCUCAUCAUCAUCGUGAUCUUCCUACUGUGUUAUAUCGCCUUCGGAGCCUUAAUCCACUGUAUCUUACUCCAUAUCAAGUUCGUUGACGCGUUAUACUUUACGAUUUGUUCAAUCGAAACAAUAGGUUUCGGAGAUAUCCUCCCCAUCACCACCGGGGCCCGUGUCUUCGUCUGUACAUACGCCACCUUUGGCAUCAUCACUCUCGCUCUCACAGUAGCCACCGCACGAGAAACGGUAAUGGAAGCUCUCGAAGUCGGAUACCGUCGUCGUCUACAUGAAGUCCAAACGCGGCGUAAACAACUCCAUUGGAAACGCCGUGUUGCUCGUCGUUGGAAAGAAGCCAUCGAAUGGAGACUUCAUAGAGUAAACCAACCUAUAUGGGUACGAGAUGAUCCAGACCAUAACCUAGCAUGGUUCGUAAGGUUCAUGGACCGAUGGGAUCUGAUGUGGACACAUGAGAAAGGUGGAGAAUUGGGGUUGGGGAUGGUAGCUCAUCCUCAUGGGAUGCAUUUGAAUCUGGAAGUAUUGACGGAUGGACAGUUGGCAGAUGCUGCUAUGGAAGCUGGAGUACCUUUGUGUUAUCUUUUACCUACUGGGUUUUGGAAGAAGAGAAAGGGACAUGGGGAGGUUGGAAGGUCGAUGUCGGCGGCGUUGAGAGAUGGGUUUGGGUUUGGGAUGGGGUUGGGGAUGGUGAAGGGAGCUAAUACUACGACUACUACUGAUCCUGAUCCUGAAGCGGCGGGUGGAAUCGGGAGAACUUCUGGGUCUGUUAGGCGGCAGGUGCGGGGCGAGCUGGAUUUGGAGGAGAUUCCGUUGACGCAUGCUAGGAUUGGAAAGAUGAUUGCGAUGUUGGGAGGGUUUGCGUUGGCUGUUAGUAAAUCGGAAAUGUGGAGGGAGAAGAAGAAUCAGGGGCGGGGGAAGGAGAAGGAGACGGAGAAGGAAGCACCCAAAAGUCCUCGGCCUCCGGUUCGCAGACGUCCAUCUGAUACCAAGGUACAGGGUGGAGAUGAAGAGGCGAAAAGGAAGGCGUUUUGGAUCAGGUUCUGGGUCGCAUGGAUGCUUUUCAUCGUGUUUUGGAUGGUUGGCUCGGGCAUAUUCAGCGCGACUGAGGGAUGGAGUUUUGGUGUUGCGAUGUACUUCUGUUUUAUCUCCUUCACCACGAUUGGCUAUGGCGAUUUCUCACCUCAAACUCCAGCCGGUCGAUCUGUGUUCGUUGUUUGGGCCCUGUUCGGUGUGGCUACGAUGACGAUUUUGAUCUCAGUCGUUUCCGAGGCUUUCACCUCCCGAUAUCAGAAUAUCUUUGGUGCCCGAAUCUUUACGCGUUUGGUGGAGAGAUAUCGGGCUAAGCAAGAGCAAGAGAGGAAAGCUAAAUUGGAAACUGUGACUGAAGGACCUAGCCACCGGAAGGCGAUAGAACAUCUCGAAGAGCUACCACAAAAGGUUAUCCAAUCUUGUCGAGCGUUCCGGGAACAUAUACAUUUUUUCUCUAAAGGGGAGCACAGGAGUGAGAAUAUACCGGACGGGUUGAAGGUGCUUUUGGAAGAGAUUGCUGGGAGUAAUAUCAAGUAUAAAACUGCGAUGCAUAAUGAGGUGCUGAAGGAUAAGGAUGCGAGGCAUACGUUGUUUGCAUUGAGUAUCGAGCGUGAACUGACGAAAAUGAUCGAUGCAGCAGAGGAGGCUAUUGCUGUUUUGCAGCGGGAUCGGUUAGAAGAACGUGCAUGAUGACCGUGACGAUUAGGACGAACAGUUACGACAAUAUCUUAUAUAUUAUUUAUUUCCUGUACUUUGAUAUGUACUCUACUCAAUGUUGCCUGGAUGCUGU